CGGUUAGUUUCAAUUUGACUCGCUAGCAGAGCGGACAUCAAGAAUAGAGAAAAUCAUGAUCGGAAUAGUGCUACUGAUCGGGGCCGUGACCCUGCUGUAUGUGUACCUAAAAUGGACAUUCAGCUACUGGGACCGCAAGGGUUUCCCGUCGACGGGCGUGAGUAUCCCCUUUGGUGCCUUAGACUCCGUGAGACGGGGAAAGCGAUCCUUCGGCAUGGCCAUCUACGAUAUGUACAACUCUACCAAGGAGCCGGUAAUUGGGAUGUAUCUCACCCUGAGACCCGCUCUCCUGGUUCGCGAAGCCCAGCUAGCCCACGAUAUACUCGUCAAGGACUUUGCCAGCUUCCAUGAUCGCGGCGUUUACGUAGACGAGGAGAACGAUCCCAUGUCCGCGGGCCUGUUCCAAAUGGAGGGAGCCAACUGGAAGGCGCUGCGUACCAAGCUGACGCCCUCCUUCACCUCCGGCAAGCUGAAGGCCAUGUUCGAGACCUCCAAUGCAGUCGCCGAUAAAAUGGUAGCCCACUUGAGGAAGCAACUGCCUCAGUCCGGCGGCAGUCAGGAGGUGGAACUGAAGAGCCUUAUGGCAACUUAUGCCAUCGAUAUCAUAGCAUCGACUAUUUUUGGCCUGGAAGUGGACAGUUUUGCAGAUCCCAAUAAUGAGUUUAUCACGAUCAGCAGGAAACUAAAUCGCAACAACUUUGAGGAUAAUGUUCGCGGCACAACAAGUUUCCUAUAUCCCGGUUUGGAAAAGUUCUUUGUCCGAAUUGGCUGGAAACAGGAGGCCAAUGAAAGGAUGCGGGAACUGUCCAACCGCACCGUGGAUCUCAGGGAGAAGAACAACAUUGUUCGCAAGGAUCUACUGCAACUCCUUUUGCAACUGCGUAAUCAGGGACAAAUCAGCACCGACGAUAGCGUUUGGUCGGCAGAGAACUCUAGGCAAGGCGUUAAGUCCAUGUCCAAGGAUCUUAUUGCUGGACAGCUUUUCCUGUUCUUCGUAGCUGGUUAUGAGACCACAGCCUCCACAACAGCCUUCACUCUUUACGAGCUCACCCAACAUCCGGAGGCCAUGGCCAAGGCGCAGGAGGAUGUGCGUCAAGCCAUCGAGAAACACGGCGGAUUGAACUACGAUGCCAUUUCGGAUAUGAAGUACUUGGAGGCGUGCGUGUUGGAAACUGCCCGCAAGUACCCAGCUCUACCACUGCUAAACCGAAUCUGCACACAGGAUUACCCAGUGCCUGAUAGCAAUAAGGUAAUCAAGAAGGGCACGCAAAUUGUGAUUUCCCUGAUAGGAAUGCACCGGGAUCCAGAGUACUUCCCCGAACCGCUCAGUUAUAAGCCAGAGCGUUUUCAAGAUGAGAACAAGGACUUCAAUCAGGCUGCCUUUAUGCCCUUUGGCGAGGGACCCCGGCACUGUAUUGGGGCCCGCAUGGGAAAAGUCAAUGUGAAGAUUGCGAUAGCCAAGGUUCUGUCCAAUUUCAACCUGGAGAUCCGCAAGGAAAAGCGCGAGAUUGAGUUCGGAGUGAACGGAGUACCUCUCAUGCCCAAGGAUGGAGUUCCUGUGCUUGCCUCCCUCAAGAAGUAGAAACCUAAGAUCUCCGUAAAAACACAUUUAUCUAGUAAAUAAAAAACAUUUGAGAUAGAAAA